AAAAUGAGUUCAUCUAUAGCUUUGUACAUUUUGCCACUGAUCUUAUUUAUUGCUCCUUCUGCCUCUAAAUAUCAAGGACUCUACACACACCAUCUAGAUGAUGGUGUGAGUUUGAUCGUUCCAAGAAAAGUCACUCCUCACGGCAAAGUUCUUUCACAUCAGCUAACCCAUCACCACGAUGAGUCCAUCCAUUCGGACGCAAUUGGUCGAUGGCGAAGUCGCCGUAGUACGGUGGACGUAAAUCCUUCCCAGGAACUUCACUACCAUGUCGAGAUCGAUGGUGAAACGCAUCAUCUAGAACUUCAACCAUCGACGGCAACGUUUGUUGCGCCUUUAAUGGUGAUCGAGCGACAUCGACGCGACGUCCGCACGCGAGUCCGACCGACGGGGCACAUCAACUGUCACUACCAAGGCCAGAUCCGAGGUCACGACCAAUCGCGAGUGGCGCUAUCCGCCUGCAAUGGACUGGUCGGUGUGUUGAGAACCAAUCGAACGGAAUACUGGAUAGAGCCGGCGAAAAAUACCACCCUCGGUCCGAAUGGAGAGCAUCCGCAUGUAGUCUUCAAACGAUCCAACGUUAAAGAGACACCAUCCAAGAAAAACACACGUUCUGCAAACAAAAAGAAGAAAAGAAAGCGUAAGAAGCGUCAUUUAAGCAACUGCGGAACCCGGGAGCCUCGUCGACUGACGGAAACACGGCUAGAAUGGCAGCAUCAGGGCAAGGUCCUCGUGCAAGGCGGUCGCAAAACGCGCAUUCCCCACCCGGAACCGUCCACGUCCUUGUACGGCUCGGCCACGGGAACGCGUGAAGAAAGUGAGAGAAAUAUGCUGAAAGUCGUGGGCAAAAAGCAUCGAACUCGGCGAAGUAUCAGCAAGCCACGCCAUGUCGAGGCGCUCAUUGUGGCCGACCAUUCAAUGGUGCAAUUUCACCAGGACGUCGAUCUGCAGCAAUAUCUGCUGAUGAUCAUGAACAUGGUUUCGUCGCUUUACAAAGAUCCAACGAUCGGGAACUCGAUCCAGGUGGCGGUGGUGAAAAUCAUCAUUCUGGAGGAGGAAGACUCGCAUGCCGAUUUCAACGUAACGCACAUGGCCAGCAAUACCUUGGAGAACUUUUGUCGCUGGCAGAGAAGCCUUAAUCCCAAGCCGGACGAGGAUCCCCACCAUCACGAUGUGGCCAUUCUGGUGACCAGAAAGAACAUCUGCUCCAACUACGGAUGCGCUACCCUCGGUGUGGCCAACGUGGGCGGCAUGUGUCGGCCGGACAAAUCGUGCAGUGUCAACGAGGACAACGGCAUCACCCUGGCGCAUACGAUAUCCCACGAGCUGGGUCACAACUUCGGCAUGUACCACGAUACGGCGAAAACCGGUUGCGACCAUCGCAUCGGACCCAUUCUGCACAUCAUGACACCGAGCUUCGAGGCCGACACCAUGCAGGUGUCGUGGUCCAACUGUAGCCGGCGCGACAUUACGCACUUUCUCGAUCAAGGUCUCGGCAAGUGUCUGGAGGAUGCGCCCAGCCAGGAGGAGUACGAAUACCCGGAACUUCCGCCCGGCGCCAUGUACAACGCGGAUCUCCAAUGCAGGCUGCAGUUUAACUCGACCGACGAGGACAUGACCGUGUGCUCCAAGCUGGACGAAAUCUGCACCCAGCUCUGGUGUUUGGUGGGCGAGGUUUGCACCACCAUGCUACGGCCGGCCGCCCCGGGCACCAACUGCGGACGGCGCAUGUGGUGCCAGAACCAGAGGUGCGUCGAGGUUGAGGAACUGCCGGCGCCGGUCGAUGGCGGCUGGGGCGACUGGAGCGCUUGGAGCGAAUGUUCCCGCACGUGUGGCGUUGGAAUCGCUAAGCAGACGCGCGAAUGUGACCAUCCGUCCCCGGCGCACGGUGGCAUGUUCUGCAUCGGGGAGCGGGCACGGUACAAAACGUGCCACGUGCAGGCCUGCCCGCUGGGGACGCCCAGCUUCAGAGCAGAGCAAUGCUCUUCGCACGAUAACGACACGAUCAAGGGCGAAAAGUACAGCUGGUUGCCUUAUUUCGAUAAAAACGAACCGUGCGAACUGUACUGCAGCAACACGGAAGACACGAUGAUAGUGCCGUUCGGCGAUACGGCCGCGGAUGGCACCUUCUGCAACCUGGGCACGAACGAUAUGUGCAUUGGAGGUAUCUGCCGCAAGGUGGGUUGUGAUUGGGUGGUCGACUCCAACACCGCCGAGGACCGGUGCGGUGUUUGCGGCGGCGUCGGGGACACUUGCUUCGUGAAGCAGGGCGAAAUCGUCAAGAAAAUCAACACCACCGACAGCAUGCACACCGUGCUGAUGAUCCCUGCCGGAGCGCGGAACGUGCUUAUAGAGGAGAUAUCUCCGUCCAAGAACUUUAUCAGCGUCGGUCGAUCGGCAGGCAAUGACUGCUAUCUCAACUGCAAUCACUUCAUUCAACUCCCGGGCGAGUACGAGGUGGCCAGCAGUUUGGGUCUGUAUGAGAGGGAAAAUGACCAGGAAAGACUCAAAAUUCCCGGACCCAUCAUGGAAGAUGUGCAUGUUUUUAUUGUCAUCAAGAAGAAAAACAACCAUGUGGGAAUUCGCUACGAGUACACACUCCCUUCACAAAACAGCAAAAAUCAAUCCACCUACUACUGGAAGCUAACGGACUGGUCCGUGUGCUCCGCCACGUGUGGCGGAGGCAAGCAGUACCGCGAGUCAAUCUGCUACCAUCUUGGCAAGGGCGUCAUCAAGGAGGAACUGUGCCUCCGGCAUGCGUUUGGCAAACGGCACGAACCGAUCGUGCGCGACUGCAAUGACGAUCCGUGUCCCUUCAACUGGUGGGUCGGCCCGUGGCAGCUGUGUCCAAUAACGUGCCGCAAACCACUGCAGCGGGUCCCGACACGAAACCGGUCGAUUUACUGCGUGGAUUCCAACUCGAACGCCAGAUCGGACGCAGACUGCAACAACAAACCCCGUCCGCACGACAGUGAACCGUGCGGCGAAGAGUUACCGCUCUGCCAGGACGUUCAACGAACCGGCGGGGAAACGGAGCGUCCCGACACGGUAACGCCAAUGGAGGAGCCCACGCUGCCCGACCUGCCAUCGCCCUCGACCCCGGCAGACUACGAGGUGAACAACAGCAUCUGA